AUGGCCAAGACUGAGGUUGGUUGGCAAAAUUCUAUUUAUUUGGAAGUAACGGUUGAGAGCAAGAACAAAGACCUAAAGCACCUGGGGUUUGUGAGGGUUGCUGCUAUUCAAACCUUUGUGUUUGUGUCAAAUCUGUAUGAGUACGCAAAGCAAAAUUCUGGACCUUUGAGAUCUGCCGUCGGAACAGUGGAAAACACUGUAACCACCGUUCUUGGUCCUGUAUGCAACAAACUCAAGGACUUCCCUGAUGAUGUCCUGGUUUUUGUUGACAAAAAGGUGGAUGAAGCUACACACAAGUUCGAUGAGCAUGCUCCUCCUGUUGCUAAGCAACUUGCGGAUCAAGCCAAGGCUUUGAUUCAGAAAGUGACACAAGAGGCAGGGAAAGUUGUAAGUCAAGCUCAAUCUGGAGGGACAAGAGCAGCUGUGCAUUAUGUUGCUACAGAGUCAAAGCAUUUUUUGUUGAUAAAUUCAGUGAAGCUGUGGAAUGGACUCAACCACUAUCCACCAUUCCACGCUCUGGCGGAGAUGGCAGUUCCCACUGCUGCACACUGGUCAGAGAAGUAUAACCAUGUGAUCAAGACCAUGACUCAAAAGGGUUACUGUUUCAUUGGGUAUCUCCCCUUGAUUCCCAUUGAUGAGAUAGCCAAGGCAUUUAAGCAGGGUCAGGGGAACUUGAAAGCAGAUGAUGCAGCCAAUGUUGAACAGAUAUCAGAAUCAUCAUCUGAUUCUGAUUAA